AGUCGGCGGUGGCUAGCUGGCUGCUGGCAAGCCGCAACAGGCACGGGGACCGUGCCACCGCACCCGGCGCACCGCCGCUUGUGGUUGUGGCCUACAAAUGGGCGCCAAAGUGACAUCUUGCACUCGCUGCUGGCGUUACGAACUCGGGCAAUAGCCACUCUCAUGCAGUCAUCAUGGCUCGGAAUCCCUUACUCAAAGACAAGCCUUCAACCAGUAACAACCACUCUGGGAAGAACGGUCGCGACAACGGGCCAGAUGAAGAGAUUUUGAAGGCUGCGCUCUAUCGUUAUUCGCAAGAACGUCUUCCACUCCCGCGUCGUAUCAAGCGGUUGGGCCAUGAAUUACAACUGGAUAUUGGUCUAACGCUGUUGAAGAAUCUGAACAAGCAUUUUGGAAUUCCUUCGUCGCGGAAGGCUCCAAAAGGUGUGGCCGCAACACAGCUCGUUCUGAACGAGAUGUCCGAGGAUUCAUCGGGACGGCGUGGCAUUGGUGCUAUGCAAACACACCUUGCAAUUUCUGGCACACCGUUACCACGGAGUGUCAUCCGAGAGGUUGUGCGAACAAAUGACCCAGACGGUGCUGCGGCCCGCUAUCCAGGGCGGAAGCCUCAAGCAAUUCUGCGAGGAAGGCUAGUCGCGCUUGGGCCAAUGUACGAAGUGCAUUGUGACGGGCAUGACAAGCUCGGCGCAUUAGCGCUGCAAAUGGGUGGUGUCGCACUGCCUAUCUACGGUUACAAGGACAAGUGUUCAAGUGUAUGUAUCCAGCUCGUCAUUAUUCCGAACAAUCGGAAGGCAGACGUUGUUGGACAUACGUACUGUGACUGGAGUGUCCAUAAUACCCCAAUCGAGAGCUUCUGGCAUGCAUUUCGCCAGCAUACUGGCCGCAACCUGUAUGCUGCAAUCGUACGAGGUAAGGAGGAUGGCAUUUUCCACGUCAAUAACGAAUUACAUGAAUGUCUCUUCUACUGGAUAUGGCCGCAAAUUGUCCAACGGGAGCUAACCGACUUCCGCGACUAUUGGAACAUGCAUAAGCUCCGGGUUCAACGUGACAAACUCAUGCCAUCAGGAACGACACCUACUGACCUCUGGAUUGCACCGGAGGACUACGGACAUGUGCGGAUCAGUAUACCUGUGCCCCGGGAUGCUGUGGAAGCCAUGCGUCGCGAACGGCUGCCCAUAUCCCGUGACGAAGCAUUCAGUUGGGUUGACCACGAGUUUGCAACGUCUGCUGAGCAGGCCUACAGCUCACUUGGGUGCCCACGGCUCAACAAAGAUACUGCUUGGGAGGUCUUCAGUCGUAUGGAGCCAAUGUUGAAGUACUAGUAGUGCGUACUGUAGGCUCAACCGUGCACACCGAUCA